CUUAUUGAUUAAUGAUAUUGAUGUGGAGCGAAUUCUGGCUGAGGGACCAUGGUCUUUUGACAAUAACCUGUUAAUACUUAGUAAGCCGGAACCUUUGGAAAACCCAGCUGAUGUACCAUUAACGCAUGAAUGUUUUUGGGUGCAAGCAUUUAAUCUGCCAGCAUCUUUUUUUACGGAAAAGAUGGCUGUUAUCAUUGGCAGGUUUGUUUUAGCAGACCAGAACAAUUUCAAGGGUAGAUAUCUUGAAUUUAUAAGGAUCCGUGUACAAUUGGACGUGAGCAAACCUCUGAAACGUCGGGUAAAGCUAAGGAACGGAGCAGAAUCUGUCUGGGCAGAACUGAAGUAUGAAAGGCUGCCUCACUUCUGUUUCAUCUGCGGAAAGAUGGGUCACGUUGAUAGACUCUGCCGGGAAUGGUUUCAGGGAUUUACGGCUGAGCAGGAGAAGCGGUUUGGGUCUUGGCUAAGGGCGGGGGUAGGAAAAAGAACACCAGAUUGAUGCACAUGGAGGGAGUUUUGAAGAAAUCCAUCCAAAAAACGGAUUAGAGGCGGGUCCUGGCAGUCAGGCCCGCCUAGGAUUAUGAGCUGCAUCAGUUGGAACUGCCGAGGGCUUGGCAACCCUUUGGCAGUUCAGGUCCUAGUGGAUAUGAUCCACUUGAAGCGGCCAAAGUUGGUGUUCUUAAUGGAGACUUUCUGCAACAGUUCCAAGAUUGAGAUGGUACGCAAGAAGACUGGUAUGCACGCUGGAUUUGGGGUGGAUAGCAUAGGGCAUCGGGGAGGCAUUGCUUUACUUUGGGAAGAUGGGGUACAUGUUGAUGUUCGGGACUCAUCCCCAAAUUUUAUUGAUGCUUGGGUCAGGAUGGAAGAUGAGAAGCCCACUUGGCGUUUUACCGGCUUUUACGGAUUUCCGGAAAGGCAUAGAAGAAGGGAGUCUUGGGAGUUAUUGAGGUUACUUAGUUCUCGAUCACAACUCCCUUGGUUAGUUAUGGGGGAUUUUAACGAUAUUCUUUUCGCUUCUGAAAAGAAGGGGAGGGUUCCUCAUCCGCCGUGGCUUUUGAGGGGAUUUAGAGAUGCAGUGUAUGGGAGUGGGCUUCAUAAUGUAUCGUUUGAAGGCUAUCAAUUUACCUAGGAACGGUGGCGUGGUUCGCGAAAUUGGGUGGAGGAAAAGUUGGAUAGAAUCUUGGCUUCGACAAGCUGGAUGGAACGGUUUAGUGAGGCGGCAGCUCAAUCCUUGGAAGGUUCACCCAGCGAUCACAUGGCUUUAUACAUUUGUCUAUCUCCAGCAAGAGGUAUAAAUCGUCGGAGGAGGUUCAAGUUUGAGAAUGUCUGGCUCCGGG